AUGGGCGCAAUUGUGGAGCAACUUGGUUACACCCUUAUGUGGUCCGCCGGCAGCUGCAAACUCCUUCACCCUGACGGGCGGAAGUUGAAGCUUCGUGUCCGCAAUGGUUGCCCGGAACUUGUGCAGUCCAAGGCGUUGGAGUUGAUUUCGCGCUUAGAGGAGAGGAAACUGGCGGAAAUUGAGCAGCUCAAGCGCCACACCGAGGAAGGCAGGGACAGGAUUCGUCAGGCCAGGAUUGCGCUUGAGAAGAGUUGGUGGGAGCACUUGAUGGACUACGCCCGUGAUGGCGUUUCCUGCUCAGGUGACGCCGCUGUUGCAAAUGCACCGUUCUUCACUGAUGUUCCCCGUUGUGCGUUGCGAGGUUUGGUCCCUUCAGGUGAUGCGGGCGACGAGUCAUUGUGGGACAUGUUGCGCAGUGCUUUGCCCAACCUCAACAGGAGGAGGAGGAAGGCGCUACAGCAGUCAAGGCAUUGGCUUGUCCACUUGUUUGCAGGAGUCACACAUCCCGACGUGUAUUGCCUGUCUGCCGACGUGGCUGGUCCCAUCAGAGUCCCUGCAAAAGACCCCGAGGGUAGGAGCAAACAUCCGCCCGUGUUCCGGUACUUUUUAGCAGCGUCUUAUCGUUUUCCUAAACUCCAAGGGACAAAGGACGAACCCAACCCAACGCAGGUUGAUGGGUUCGAUGAUCCUUUACUCCACCCUGGCGGGGAGGACGAGUUAGCCGACGUUGUUGUGGAAGGCCCACCGGAGCCAGAGCACCGCCCUGACGGGAAGGAUGUGCUGCCCGAGGAAGAACACCCUUGGGAAAGGGCCAAGUGUGAGUUUGAAGCUCCGCCAGGCCUAGCUAGGUUGGUGUUUGUUGUUCCGCUGCACACAAACAAGAGCGAGGCAGUGCUAGAGGCGCUACAACAAGUGUUCCUGGAACUUCGCUCAUUGAACCUUCCUGUGCUGCGCUUCCACUCGGAUAGAAGUCGGGAGUUCUUUAACAAAAGGACCCGAGCUUGGUUUCACGAGCACGGGGUGCGUACCACCACAGCUGAAGGAGAUACGCCGCAGCAAAACGGAGCAGCUGAGAACACCAUCCGCUGGUUAAAGGCUAGGGCGCGCACGCUCCUCGCCCAGGCCGAAGUUGGAACAGAGCUGUGGGCAUGUGCAAUGGCCACUGCGGCAUCGCAGCAACGUGCGCAACAGCUUGGCCUCAAGUCCAAGCUUGCAGCUCCGUUUGGGGCACCGUGCUCUGUGAAACUUAAGUUUUACGGACCUUCUAGGGGUGACUUAGGGGAUAGGUGGGUAGAUGGUAAGUACAUGGGGUUGUCGCCUUCUGUGAAUGAUAGCCGGCAAGGCGUGUGCGUGGGAAGUCCGAGCCAGCGCUUGGCGAGCCACCUCUGCCGCCGCCUCCUCUUCCACCGCCGGAAGGUGAGUGCGUGCCCGCACCUGCAAGUCGCACUCGACUCCGUGGGAAGUCAAGCCCUGCAGUUAGCAAGUCUUUGCUGUUCCCACUGCCUGACGGUGAGUGUCCGCCUGAGCAAUGUGAAGCCGUUGAGGCACCACGAGUGCAACAAACUCUUACCCCUGGCUCACAGAGCUGAUGGCCGCGACGCUCCUGUCCGCAAGUCCAGAGGCGGAGACUUGUGGGUAGAACUGCGAGCAGGAGAUGUUAUCUACGGCUCUGUCGAGCAACGAGUUGAUGGUGCAGGAAAGAAGUGGUUGGGCACAACGCACAGCCUGCAAAGAGGUGAAAGGGUCGUGCUCGUAGCCUACACCGUUAACACCUUAGGGAAGGUGUCAGAGUCUGAGCUCCAAGCCCUCGAGUCCUUAGGCUUUCCGCUCCCUGCUUCAGCACGCUUGCCACUCACAACGCAGCAAGAUGUCAGGCGCUUGGACGUGUUUGACAUGUUUGAGGAGGGUCCCUUAGAGCUAGCAGGUGAAGACUGCCCGAAGAAAGUAGAGAAGGGUGGGGGUUGGAAAGAGACUCAGAAGGUAGAGGCUGGAACAGUAGAGCUAGAGGUCUCGUGGAACCUCAAGCACACUCCGGCGCAGCGCGAGCAGACACCUUGCGUUCUGCAGACCCUGGAGCCAAAACCCCACGCGCAGGUCGAGGAGGAGUCCUGGCCAGAACAGCCUGUGCAGUGGGAGCUGUGGCUUCCAGACCCCCAAAGUGGCCAGCAACUGUGUGCACUCCGGUCUGACGACCUGGACCUGCGUCUUUGCAAGUCCGAGCCAGUGUACACUCCAGACAUUGAACAGCUGCUCAGUGGCUUAACUGAGCCACUGCAGAUAGUUCAUACUGUCGACCCGCGAGAGGCGGAAAAGCACAGUGAAGUGUGGAUCCCGUCAAUCCUGAAAGAGAUCGGGGUCAUAGAAAAAGCUGUGCACCGUUUGCCGCCCAGCGAGGUGCGCAAAGGGAACUGGCUUCACCGCACUGACGUGAGGGUUGUGCCGGCAAAGCUGGUUUUCACUGUUAAGCCUCCUGACGUGCAACCCACCGCGCCCGGGAACGGGGAGCACGCAACCCAGGCAAGCUUGUUCAAACGCAAGGCGAGGCUUGUUGCGUGUGGAAACCAUGCCCCUUCCACUGGCACCGAAAUAUAUGCGUCAGGUGCUGCAGCAGAGUCACUUCGUUGUUUGGUUGUCAUUAGCUCUAAGAGGGGUUGGAUGCUAGGCAUCUUGGAUGUAACCUCAGCGUUCCUCCUCACGCCCAUUCCCCAGGGUGACGGGUUUCCUGUGUUUGCCCUAACGCCGCCGCGCUACCUUGUGCGGCAAGGUCUUGCGCAGGAGGGAGAGCUUUGGAUCCUCACACACGCCGUCUAUGGACUCAGGGAGUCACCAAAGCUGUGGUCAGACUUUAGGGACUCUCAGCUUCUUAACCUUAGAUGCAUGGCCAAUGGGGUUGAGCUGCAGCUACUCAAAGGCAAGUUAGACACGAACUGGUGGCGCAUCGUGCAAACCAGUGAUGGUCAAGUCGUGGGAGGUUUAAUCACCUACGUUGAUGACUUCCUACUUGCUGGAUGUGCUGCAGUCAUCGAGGCUCUCGCUAAGGCUAUCCAGUCGAUCUGGAAAACGACGCCCCUCACACUUGCCUAUGCAGAGGAGCUGCUACGCCUCAACAACGUCAAGCCCACUGCACUGGGUAAGAUCCCUUGCCCAAGGGACUUGGUGUCCUUUGACACUCUCCUGACAGAUGAGUCUCCCACCGAGGAGUCAGUUCGUACAGCCCAGAGGCUGACCGGAGAAAUCUUGUGGCUGAGCCAGCGAACGAGGCCGGAUCUCGCGUUCACCGCUUGUGUCCUUGCUACGUUGAGCACAAAGGCGCCCGAAAGGGCUGCACGCAUCGCUGAAAGGGCACUUGCGUACGUGCAGCAAACCAAAGCCUUUGCUCUCACUGCUGACGCAGAUGACACGGGCUUAGUUGCGUACAGCGAUGCCUCUUUUGCGCCAGAUGGCAAUCGCUCACACACUGGUUGGGUUGUCUUCCUCUACGGCUCUCCUGUCUGUUGGCGUUCCGCUCGGCAGGCGUUUGUCACACUCAGCACUGCAGAGUCCGAGCUCGUCGCAGGACUUGAUGCCGUCGUUGCACUGCAGUCAGCAGAGGCCAUGCUGGGUGAGUUUGGGGUCUUUAACUUGGGUAAGACCUUGAAGGUUGACUCUCAGUCUGCGCUUGCUAUCGCCAUUGGCCAAGGGUCUUGGCGAACCCGCCACUUGAAGGUGCGCGCCAACUAUUUGCGAGAGCAGUAUGAGGCAGGUGAGAUAAUCCCUGUUUUUUGCCCAGGUGUGGAGCAGGCUGCAGACCUCCUCACAAAAGCGCUUCCUGCAGCGAGGAUUCUCGAGCUCGCAGCCAUUUGGGGUUUGUUCGAGCACCGUCCAGAGGACCCCCGCCAAGCGGAAGCUGUGGCUGCCGACCUGCCUACCCACCCUCAGUAUCCGCAGAUCAAGUUGCUUUUCCUAUUGCUUGCAAUGAUGCAGAUCCAAAGUGCCAAGUGUCAGCCUGAGCUCUUUGAUGAAGAGGAGGGAGAUGUACAUCAGGUUGAAUUAAGAACGGAUCUCAUGUUCAUGUUGCUUGUGGGUUUUGUCGGCAUUGGUUUUAUUGCCGUGUGGGAGCUUGCCAAGUGGUGCCUGAGACACCACUCUCUUUGCCGCAUCCGCAGCACUGCCAAGCAGAGGAAAUUGCAACGCCUUCGUGACCGAACGGCCCAAGCAAUCGAGGAGCAGGAGCUGGCAGCCUACCUUCACUCGCAGCCGCCGCAUUUCCACGGUGCGCAAGGCCUCCCGGCAGGGGGCGGGCCUGGUGGCCUCGGCCCAGACCCGUCUCUGGGCCCUGGCGCCUGGCCCGGCGUCCACGGCGGUGUUGGAGGUUAUGGUCUUCAAGGCGGUGCCUUCGGAAAGGGGGGCCCGCCUCCCGUGAACCCAUCUGGGCAGAUUCCGAACAUCGGGGACGCAUCAGGGAAUGACGUCUCCUACAUGGCUCUUCACUUGUAG